UGCGGCAUCUGGUGGAAGUGGACACAUGCCCAGACCUCCAUCAGGGAGCUCUAAGAGGUCAAAGUCAGUUCAAGGCAGACGAUCAAAAGUUGGAAAGUCACCAUAUUCAAGUUUACAACUGAAAAGCUCAUCAAAACAGCAGCCUCCCAAACCCACUGCAAGAAACAUGUGGAUCACUGCCAUGAGAAAUGGAACUGCUACCCUGAGUACAGAAAAUUCCCCCAUAAAGACUUGGGGAGGUUCAAGAGCUUCACAAAAUAAACAGAAUAAAACUGGCUCUAGAUCAAGGCAUUUGAGUGAUUAUGUUCAGAUUGAAGAUCUAAAAAAUAAGAAUCAUAUCAGAAGUGCAAGUAUGUCUGCAAGUGAACCACAGUUGUCUAUUGGUGGUCCUGCAUAUAAACCACAGGAAGACUACUAUGAUGAGAUCAUAGAGUUAAAAAAGAUCAUAAAUGCCUUGAAAGCAGAAAACAAUAUUCUAAACACAAAACUCCGCAGGGUGGAAGGAGAAAAUGUCUUGAAGGUAAGUUCAGAGUAUAUUGAUUUUAUUAUCAUGUAUCUGAAUCAGCAGCAGUGUACACUUCUACUGUUAGUAAUCCUUUAG